UUCUUACAAUGACGUUAAUCCCGAGCCUCUCGGAAGCUACCAACCGACACACGAGGGGUUAUGAAACAGAAUUUUGUAUCAUAGGAGCGGGCCCGGCAGGUAUACAACUUGGCUUCUUUUUCGAGAAAUCUGGAAUGGACUACAUUAUAUACGAACGGUCGAACAUAUCAGGAAGUUUCUUUGUGAAGUACCCACGUCACGGUAAGCUUAUCAGCAUUAAUAAGCGCAACACCGGAAGUAGUAACAAAGAGUUCAACCUUCGUCACGACUGGAAUUCUUUACUCAGUGAUGACGAUAGUAUGCUAUUUCGUCAUUACUCGUCCGAUCUUUUUCCACACAAGGACACAAUGAUAAAAUACCUCAAUGACUUUUCGAAACACUUCCGCCUCAAUAUUAUGUACAAUACAGAGAUCAGCAACAUCCGCAUGGCGACGAUGCUUGAUAACAAACAAAAUAUGAUGUUCCAAAUGGACGACCAACAUAGUAAUACAAAAACAUGCAGGGUACUCAUAGUGGCCACCGGAAUAUGGAAGCCAUAUAUUCCGGACUUGCCUGGAGUGGAAUUGACGGAAAGCUACGAUGAUCUCUCCUUAGACCCGGAGGACUACGAAGCCAAAUCAGUUAUGAUUUUAGGUCGAGGGAAUUCCGCUUUCGAGACAGCAGACGCUAUCUACUCCAAGACAAACUUUAUCCACAUGGUGGGGCGGAGUAGGAUUCGACUUGCGUGGGAAACCCAUUACGUCGGCGAUGUCAGAGCUGUGAACAACGGGUUGCUCGAUACGUACCAGCUUAAGUCACUUGAUGGUCUCCUGGAGUUCAGUAAUAUAUCAGCCUUUCGAGUAGUGUCAGAGGGAGGCAAGCUCUUCCUGCGAGAUCGAGAAAUCAUGUCGGCUAUGCAUCCUUUCGACAAUGAUCCACUCAACACGCCAUACGAUAAGAUCAUCAGAUGCCUCGGUUUCAUGUUUGACAAAUCUAUUUUCAAUAGUGAAUCGUUGAUACCAUUAGGAGGGGGGCGAAUAGCUAAAUAUCCCCGGAUACGACCCGACUACCAGUCUCCGAUCAUUCGUGGGCUUUUCUUCGCCGGGACCAUAGCUCACUCACUGGAUUAUAGAAAGUCUGCUGGCGGUUUUGUUCACGGAUUUAGAUAUACAGCACGUGCCCUCUUCAACAUCCUAAGACAAAAAUACAAGAACAAAUCAUGGCCAUGCGUGCGGUUGCCACUAACGGAUCUCGCCACAACAAUACUAAAGCGUGUCAACGAGGCAUCCGGACUCUAUCAGAUGUUCAGUAUACUUGGUGACAUCGUACUUAUUGAUCGAGAAGAAGAACAUUUUAAAUAUAUAGAAGAAUUCCCUCUGAGGAUGCUUCAUAAUCUGGAGUAUAUGACAGGUAUUAGAAUUGGAAAGAUGUCCGUAUUGGUGGUCGUAUUACAGUACGGACAAACCUUUCACGGGCCCCAAGAAGAUGUGUUCCGAAUAGACAGAGCAAGUUCCGACCCGUUAUACGCCGAGUUGUCGAACUUCCUGCACCCUGUUCUCUAUUAUUACGACGUUCUACCGACACUGGACGACAUGGCAGCAGUCAGCUAUCCAGAAUUCCUUCCAGUGCCAAAUGAGAUUCACCACGUGUUAGAAGAUUUUACAACCCAGUGGGAUAGACAACAAUCUCAUGUAGAACCACUUCAUAUAUUUCUAGAAGAUUUUCUAAAAAUCCCUUUACAAAUUAAUAUUUCCCAUCAAGAAUGCGUUCUGGUCUCGUUAACAAUGAAUAAAUCUCCAGUCAACUGUAGACAGUUUCUUGACGGUCAUUCAGUGAUCUGAUACGAUCACUGACCAGUCAGUGAUAUAUAGAUGAUAGAUGGUAAUGUGAUUCACAGAGAGGUAAGGGGACCAAGCAGAUCUAUGUAUCAGUGACAGAGAAAUAGAACACUAAUGUUUGAUUAAAGCAAGAUGGAAAGACUCAAGACAGCACAAGGGCACUGGAAUGUAGACAACUAGAAGUAUAUUUCAUAUUCGACACUUACAAUGCUCUUAAUCAACGAAGCCCGUGAAAAUAAAUAUUAUUUGCAUAACUUGAA